AUGGCAGCUCUCGCGGUUCCUCUACCCGGCAUGGGUCCAGCGCUUGAUUUGAAUCCAGCUCCGCAACCACUUACGGCACGUCGGCCAGCAGCAUCGAAUCUUCCUGUAUUCGAGCUGCCUCCGCCAGCGAACUUUGGCCUGGUCAAUGCCUCCACCAAGUUUCCAUCCCCCUCGGCCAUCAACCCCGUGUCGAACGUGAGCAAUCUACUCACCCCGCCCUCAAAUCACUCUGGAGAGGGCGCGACUAAUUCGCUGCCACCCGGCCCGAGUAUAUCUACUGCGAUUUCUGCGUCUCAAGAGGUAUCUUCGUAUCAGUCAUCGUGGCAAAACCAGAACUCGUAUACUUACGGUUCUCCUUCCCAAGCCUCCUGGGGCCAUAAUUCCACCGGUGUCUUUCCGCCACCACGAAGUGUGCUCUCCCCCACGUCUGGAUCUCUCGCUCGAGGCAGCGUUAGUUUACCGCCCACGAGCGAAGGUAUGGCACAGCAAUAUGAGCUCAACCAUCAUCUGCCCCCCUUUCAACAACAGUCGAUACCCACUUCAUCUCCUGCUUCUGCUACUUCCGUUAUAUCGCAUGGACAACAUCCGCAACAGCAAGCUAUGAGUCAGCUUCCUACGACAUCUGGUGGUUCCUCCCAUUAUCAAACGGCUACGGUUGAUCUGUAUGGAUCGCGACCAAUGGUGAGCCCGUUGUUCAACUCAUCCUCAGUCGGUGCUGGCGCGUAUCCUCCUUCGUACGGAGCUUCGCCGGUUGGCCAAAGCGGAUACACUCCUCGACUUCAGUCUGGCCCAAGCCAUUCUCCGCCAAUGCAGCCGCCCCAUUUGAGCUACAGCCGGCCGCCAUGGCCUUCGUAUUCACUACCUGCUAUGACGGGACCGAUCAUGACCAACGUGCAUAAUCCCAAUGGACAGAUGUCGCUCAUGGGUAACAUGGCAACCGGCAUGAUGCCGGGAUUCACUAGCGGUCAUCUCGCAAGCAUGCAGCACAUGUAUGGUAGCCAUCCUUCGCAUCACCAAGGACACGGCCAGUCUGCACCGCCUAAUGAUCGUCCUUUCAAGUGUGAUCAGUGUCCUCAGUCGUUCAAUCGAAAUCACGAUCUUAAAAGACACAAGCGCAUCCACUUGUCCGUCAAACCUUUUCCUUGCAAUCACUGCGAAAAGAGCUUUUCACGCAAGGAUGCUCUCAAGCGACAUCUCCUUGUCAAAGGAUGCGGGAAAAACACGGAUACGAGCUCUAAUGCCGGAACCAAGGACGACGACAGUCUGACCAAAGUCGAGUCGCAUAGUGACAAAGCGAGCCCCCUUUCAAACGGCGUCUAA